AUGAUCUCACCGAACGCCCUCGACGACCUGCUCGACGACUGUCACCAUGGAGACCAGGCAGAAGAGGCCAUGACGGAGGCGGGAAGUGCACACACGACCCUGAGCGCCGUCUCUCUGCAGGAGCCAAUAACAUGCGCCAGCUGUGGCGGGCGUGUCCAGGAUCGCUUCUUCCUAUUGGCCGCUGGAAGGGUGUGGCACAGCUCCUGCCUCUGCUGCAGCGAGUGCCACUGCGAGCUCCAGACCCAACCCUCACUGUUCUGGAGAGACGGCGCCCCUUACUGCCACCUCCACUACUGCAGGCUCUUCGGAGGAGGUCACUGUGCCCGGUGUCUGCAGCUCAUCUCAGCCUCAGACCUCGUCAUGAAGUCUGGAGCCCUGAACUUCCACCAGCACUGCUUCUGCUGCCAGGAAUGCGAGGAGCCGCUGGUGCCCGGGUCUCUGUACCGUCUCCAGGGCCAAAGCCUGUUCUGUCAACCCCACUGCAGCUCCUCUCUUCCCCCAUGUCCUCCAGAGCUGACCCCCUACACACAGAACCAGCACACAGGUGAGCUCCAGACUUUGACGGAGGGGGAGGAGUCUGAGAGCAGCUCUGAGUGCCGGUUGAUGGACAGUUCCACAGAGGGGCGUGUCCACAGGCGGGCUAAGCGAAUCCGAACAUGUUUCCGCAGCGAGCAGAUCCGAGUGCUCGAGUCGUACUUCGGACAAAAACAAAACCCGGACGGAAAAGACUGGAGCGUCCUGUCACAACAGACUGGACUGAGCAAGAGGGUCCUGCAGGUUUGGUUCCAGAACGCUCGGGCCAGACUGCGCCGCUCCGUGACCUCUGAUGACCCCCAGGUCAGCCCCGCCCCCUCCUCUCACCUGGGGCCCGUAUCCAUGACGACCUGUCCCCAGGCCCCGCCCUCUCCGCCAUUCACUGCCAGCACCAUCGACCAAUCUCAGCUCUCCAUGCUCACGGCGCCCCUGAGCCCCACCCCCUGCCUGAACUACGACUCCCACGAUGCACCUGGGUCUGGCCUGCAGCUGAUUGGACAGUUUCACCCUAAUGGACUCUUUUAA